CAAUCUAUGGCGAGGUAUACAUAUAAGGGAAGCAAGGAUGUAUGUGGAAUACAUAGGAAUACAUGGAUGUAAAGGAUGGAGAGAUACAAGGGUUGCAGGGAUGUAAGUAAUGCAGGAAUAUAAAGAAAGCAGGGAUGUGAGGAAUACAGAGUUGUAAGGGGUGCAGGGAUGUAUGUGGAAUACAUAGGAAUACAUGGAUGUAAAGGAUGGAGAGAUAUAAGGGUUGCAGGUAUGUAUGUAAUGCAGGAAUAUAAAGAAGGUAGGAAUGUAAGGAAUGCAGAAAUGAAAGGGAUGCAAAGAUGUAAGGGACGCAGGAAUAUAAGGAAUACAUGGGUGUAGAGGAUGGCGGAAUAUAAGGGCUGCGGGGAUGUAGAUCUGCGUAUCUCGGCGGUCGCUACAAGACUAAAGGAGUUUCACCUUGCUCUACGGUUGACAACGGUACCCGAUCAGCCAUGGCGUUCCCCUUUGUCGCAGCAGUCAGCUACCGGUGCUCGAAUCAGUGGCUGUAAUAUUUUUUUUUUUUUUUUUUUAACGUGGGGAAAUCUUACAUAAGACCCCCCACCGACCCCUGGGGGUGGGCGGCGGGGGAGUGUCAGAUUCCUACUGACUAAAACCCCACGGCGACCGACACUGGCGAAACGAGGGCUCCGGGACCUUAUGUACAUUAUUCCGGAGCCCUCUACGCCUGGCACACAAUUGCCAGCAUGUGGCCGAUACCGGGGGUCGCACCCAGUGUCGGCCCCUGUUUGGGCCGCGUGCAAAGGCGUCUAGAGCCCCCACUCCCAACGCCAUUCGCGCUUUCAAUAUCGGAAGCACCUAUGGAUAAUUAAUUAUUUUGACAUCCGGGUUUCGAAUCGAGCUCAUCAUUCAUUUUACUGGUUAAUUCAUGAACCGACCCGCCAAGCGACCAAGGUAUUGAUAAAACAUACUGCUAGUUAAUCCCAUGGUAUAUUAACUGUACUAUCUGUCAUAAAUAUAUUUAAAACUGUUACAAAUAUACUGCUAAUAUAAUUGUUCGUAAUAAUAAUUCAUAAGAUUUUAUGUUGUUGCAGUCAAAGGACUUUUGUAUCGUACAUGCAAUCUUAAUUAUAAACACUACAAAAUAAGGUAAUAAAAUUAAUAGUUCCUUUUAAAGAAAAUUUUCUGAAUUUAUAUGCAGAACUUUUGUAGGAGUUCAUUUAUAUGGGAUAAGAACAUGAAUGUGGUAAAUAUAUGCAACUCUAGUAUUGGAGCUUGUAAACCUGAAAAUUUAAUAUAUAAUGAGAUGGAAAUAUGUUUAGAAAAUAUUAGUUUUACAAAAUUUCCAAUUGAAUGGGAAGAACAUAUUUUGAAUUUAUUACCGAAAAUGUAUAAAAAGAAAUAUUUUUCAUUAAUACAAUUGAUAUUGAAUGAAAUAAACAAUAUUUAUAAUAAGGAUAUGCAAAAUUGUAUAAUGGAAGCUAUAUUAUUGAUGCCAAACAAAAAUAUAGAUCAUUUUUCUACACGAAAUUGUAUGAAUUAUAACAUUCUGAAUGAGAAAAAUGGUUUCACUUAUAAUAUAUUUAUAAUUCGCCGCGAAUUAUUAAAAGAAAAAUAUUUUCUUUCUUUAGAACCAAUUAAGUUCAUUAUAAAUACAGCACAGUCUAAACUUCCAACAGUUAUCUGUAAUUUUGAUCAUUACUGUUCUUAUGGACUUAUAUCAUUAACUGAUUUUCAACAGAUGAUUAUCAGUGACAUUAGAAAAUCUUUGAUGCUAAUAAAUCAGUAUUACAAUGAAGUAUCUAAAGCUGUAGCUAAAAUAGCAACUGAUAAAAAAAAAUUACCAAGUAUCAUGCAAUGUAUAACACAUGUUUUUGUGCAACAAAUUAUAAAUAUCAUGAUAGGAUCUAUUAACCAUUUGUUAAACAUUUUAAGUGAUGAACAUCAUUGCCCACAAAUUAAAUUUCAACUUAUUCUCCAAAAUAAUCAGCUUCUUGUUAGUCCUAGCAUUGAAGAAAUAUAUUCACUAUAUCAUAGUAUAAUUGGGAAUAUUAGCACUAUUGCCCAAGAUUUAGUACCAUUGGAAGAAUGGUUAAAUAUCAAACCACAAUCUAGAUAUAUUAAAAUAAAAUUACCCGAUUGGUAUAUUAAAGAAUCCCAUGAUAAAUUAGAUGUUACAUUAUGUAAUUUAUUUCAAUCUAUGAAUGAACAUGUUGCACAUAUCAGUGAAGAAUUUUAUCCCAUAUGUGUACCAACAAUAAAAGAUCAAAUACUAUUAUUAACAUCAGGAGAAAUAAAUUUUGAUUUAUAUCUCAAAUACAUAGAAAAGUAUAAAAUAUAUUUAGUAAAAGCAAAAGGAAUUGUUGCGAAUACAUAUCACACAGUAGGAAAAUUAGAACAAUAUGAAGCUAGAAAUGCUUUAAAAAAAGAAUCAUAUAAUAUUGUAGACAUUUUUUUAAAUAAAUUAAUUGAUUAUCAUCAAGAAUUUAAUCUGUCUAUUUGUUCAGAAUUCGAAAAUCUAAAAACAAAAGCUUUAAAUGUUCCGAAAAACGCACAAUCUUUAAUUGAAUUAAGUGAAUAUGUCUCAUAUGCUUUCAAAGUAUUAAUGGAAGAUUUAGAAUGUAAAAUUCAGAAAUCAAUUCACAUGUUAAGUGCAUUAUUAGAAAUUACACUUUUAUCAGAGGAUCACAUUGAAUUAAACAGAAAAACUAUCAAUUGGUUGCAUGGGAUUGAACCUGUGUUUAAACAACAUCAUGUAUUAUGUGAAGCAAUGAAAACUGAAUUAGAAGAAGAUAUGCAAAGUAGAAUAAAUGAUUUAAAUUCAGAGGUAGACAAUAUUGUUCCUCAACUUAGUGUUUUAGAUAAUAUGGAUGACAUAAACAGAAUUGGAGAAUAUAUUGAAUAUUAUAAAGGUCUUCUCAAACAAGUAAAACAAAUCAUGGGUGAAAUGCAAAGAAUCAAUGAAGAAGAAAGAUUAUUCAAGUUUCCAGAAACUGAGUAUCCUAAAAUACUAGAAUUACAUGAAAUAAUUGUGCCAUUUUAUGAUCUAAUUUAUCUCAUUCAUCAAUGGCAGAGAGAUAAUGCCAUAUGGUUAGAUGGUCCCUUUGAAUGGUUGGAUGCUGUUAUUAUAGAACAAAAAACGCUGAAUUAUUUUGAAAAGAUUACUGAAAUGAAUAAAACGUUUAAAGCAAGAAUUAAAAUGGAUGUAAGUGUAAAUAAAUGCUUCAAAUUUUCUGGAAUUGCUGAUGAUCCAGAUCCAAUGCAACAGCCUGCUCCACUGAAGUUGUGCUGGCAAGCACUUAAUGAUAUAAAUGAUUUUAAGAAAUAUUUACCAUUAGUAAAAUGUGUAUGUAAUCCAGCUCUUCGAAAACGACAUUGGAUUGAGAUGUCUGAAAUAUGCAAUUUUGAUUUAACACCCAAUGCUGGAACAAGUUUAAGAAAAAUUAUUCAAUUUAAUUUAAUGGAUGAUAUCGAAAAGUAUGAAGCUAUUAGUACAGGUGCAAAUAAAGAAUUAAACUUACAACAAAAGUUACUGAAGAUGAUUCAAGAAUGGGAUGACAUUUCUUUUGAAAUAAAAUAUAAUGAAAAAUCUGGAAUUAAUGAAUUUUCCAAUUUGAAUACUAUUGAAUUGUUGCUUGAAAAUCAUCUUGUAAUAAUUGAAGACAUGAAAACUUCAAAUUUUGUUAAACCAAUAAUUUCGACAGUAACAGACUUUUACACAUCUCUUAUCAGGAUUCAAAAAAUUAUCGAUAAAUGGAAUUAUAUUCAAAUAUUAAUACCUAAUUUAGAUACUAUUUUUUAUCAUCCUAAUAUUAAAAUACAGUUAAUCGAAGAAUCAAGUUUAUACAAAGAAAUUAAAGAAGUUUUGAAAAAUAUUGAAAAUAGGCUUUCAAAAAAUUCUACUUUUCGAGAAAUUGAUAAUCCAUUGAUUUUAAAUUUUGUAUGCAAUAUUACUGAAAAACUUGAAAAAGUACACGAAGGAGUAAAAAAUUAUUUAGAGACUAAGAGAUUGUGUUUGCCGAGAUUCUUUUUUCUUUCUGAUGAAGAAAUUGAAGGAGUACUAUUUAGAUCAUAUGAUCGAAAAAAAUUACAUAUAUCAAUACAGAAAUGUUUUCAGGGAAUAAAAAGAAUAAAAAUGAAUAAAAAGAAUUGUAUUUUUGCUAUUGUUGGUGAUUCUGGAGAGGAAGUGCAUUUAGAAAAAUUUGUUUCACUUCACACUCCCUAUGAUUGUGAGGAAAAAUGGUUAAUACACUUGGAAAAUGAAGUACAUGCUAUAAUAAAGGACAGUAUUUUGCAAUGUUAUCAGAAAUUUAGUAAAAUAUUUUCAUACAACAACAUUGAAAAUUUUCCAAGUAUGGUAAUUGUUUGUACUUUCCAACUUUAUUGGACUUCUGAAAUUCAUAGUUGUUUUACACCAUUUAAUUCUGAAGCAUUAAAGUUCUUGCACUUAAAAUAUAUUAAUCAUCUCAAUGAUUUAAUUAACGAAUUGAAAAGCUAUUCAAUACAAAGAUGCAGGAAUGUAUUAAUGUCUAUAAUUACCAUAGUAGUGAAUCAAAGAGAUAUUAUUAAAUUGCUCAUAGACAAAAAUAUCUCUAAUUCUGCAGACUUUGAAUGGAUUACACAAUUACGUUAUUAUUUGGAAGAAAAUUGUAUAAAGGUAUUAAUGUUUAAUACAACUAUAAACUAUGGGUAUGAAUAUAGUUACUACAAGCAAUCUGUUGUUAACACUAUGUUAACAGAUAGAUGUUUUCAUACUCUUAUUCAAGCAUAUAAAUAUCAUUUAUAUGGCGCUAUUACAGGACCAUCUACUACAGGAAAAACAGAAACUAUGACAAGUUUAGCAAAAGCUAUCGCGGUAAACUUUCAUAUUUUCAGUUGUGCUAAUAUAUUGUCUUAUAAUUUUCUAUCUCAAACAUUAAAAGGACUUAUUUCUUGUGGAGCAUGGCUUUGUUUCGAAAAUUUUGAUGAAUUAAAAUUAGAAUUUUUAUCUAGGAUUACUCAAAACCUCAUUUGUAUUUUUCAUGCUAUUGCAACAAAUUUGAAGAUAAUAACACUUGAAGGUUCAUCAUUGAAUCUAAAUCCAACUGGACAUAUUUGCAUUAUUACAAAAUUAAGUUUGUUUAACUACCAUGAUUUACCUGAUAAUUUAAAACGAUUAUUUAGAACAGUGUCUAUGGUUGCACCAGAUAUCAGUAAAAUUAUAGAAAUUGAGCUUUUUGCUGCUGGUAUGUCUAACUCAAAAUCUUUAACUUUAAAAUUGAUUACAUUUUACAAAUUACUAUCUGAACAAUUGCAAUGCAAAUCGUGUAAUACUUUUAAUCUAUAUUCUGCAAAGGCAGUUGCUAAAACUAUCAUUUAUUUAAAAAGAUGCUUUCCAGAUGAGAAUGAAACUCUUUUACUUUUACGUUCAUUGAUUGAUAUUAAUCUUCCUCAGCUGUGCAGUGUGGAUAUACUUCUUUUUAAAAAUAUAAUACAUAAUAUGUUUCCGGACAUUACUUUAUUACCUCCAAAUUACUCAACAUUUUUAGAAACUCUUGAAGUAAUAUGUAAAUCUAAAUCUUUACACAUCCAUGAUGUUUUUAAGCUUAAAAUGUUGCAGAUGUUUGAAUUAAUGUAUAUACAUAAAGGUUUAAUCCUUAUUGGUGAUCCAUUUGUAGGAAAAACAGAAAUUUUAUAUGUUCUUAGAGAUAUAUUACUGACUUUAUAUGAACAAGGGGUCAAAUUUGGUAUUAAUGUAAAGCUGGAAACUAUAAUUCCGAGUGUAAUUGAUGUUAAACGCACUUUCGGUUAUUUUGAUGAAAACUUUAAGCUUUGGAAAGAUGGAAUAUGUUCUAAAAUGUUUCGUUCAUUUUCAGAAACUGAUUGUUCUAAUAAAACAUGGAUAAUAUUUGAUGGACCCUUAAAUAAUGUUUGGAUUGAGAAUUUAUAUUCAGUUCUUGAUACAAAUAAGGUGUUAUGUCUGGAAUCAGGUGAAAAAAUUAAUGUAGUAGAUUCUGUAUCAAUUAUUUUCGAAACAAUGAAUUUAGUACAUGCUUCUCCUGCUAUUUUAUCAAGAUGUGGUAUAAUUUAUAUUGAAUCAGAUUCUGUUGAUUGGAGAGCAAAUAUUAAAACACAUAUUGCUAGGCACAAUAUUUAUAAUAGAUAUGAAGAAACGUUAUAUCAAUUAUUUGACUGGAUUAUGGAUCCUUCUUUGCAAUUUAUAUACAAACAUUGUACUUUAAUUUUAAUUGUUGGAAAACUACAUUGUGUAAUGUCUACACUGAAUUUGCUAGAAAUGUAUUUAAGAGACAUCCAAACAGAAAAUACUGAAGAGAAAGAUAAAAUGAAUCAUUUUUUAACAUGGAUACAAGCUGCAUUUAUAAUGUCUAUUAUAUGGGGACUGGGCGGAAAUUUGAAUAUGAACUUUCAUGCUAAGUUUAAUUCCUUUUUUGUGGAUCUUUGGAAUGGUACGAAUAAAGAGUAUCCAAAACCAGAAGUAUUAAAAAAUUGUGAUGUUACAUUACCUAAUGAAGGUUUAAUACAAGAUAAUUUUUAUAUUUUCAAAGGUAGUGGACAUUGGAAACAUUGGGGAAGUAUUGACUUAUUAAAAAAUGAAGAAAUAUUAGAAAUGCCUUGCUGUAAUGAAAUUUUUGUACCAACGGUGGAUACAAUAAAAUAUAAUUACACGAUUUUAAAACAUAUUAAAUAUAAAAUACCGUUUAUUCUUUGUGGAGAUAUAUCUAUUGGGAAAACUUUUCUUAUGAAAAAUUUAUUGCAGAAAAAAUUAUUACAGGGAAUGUACUUUAAUUCCUUUAGUUUCACUUCUCUGGAUUCAGUUGUCAGAACUCAACAACUAUUGCUUUCAAAAUUAAAUAAAAUAAGUAAAAACCAUUAUGGUCCACUGAAAGAUCAAUUUUGUAUUAACUUCAUAGAUGAUCUUAAUGUAGAUAUGGAUCAAUGUAGAUCAAAAAUAAGUAAUAUUUUAGAACUUUUCAGGCAAUAUCAUAGUUAUGGAUAUUUUUAUGAUAUAAAAGAAUCUGAAAAAAUUUUUAUCCAUGAUAUUAUGUUUUCUUUUGCACUUAUAGAAAAUACUCAUGCUAAUAUAUGUCCCAGAUUUUUAAAACACUUUAAUCUAUAUACUAUGCAAGUACCUUCUAUUAAUACCAUAUUUAGAAUAUUUUCGAACAUAUUUUUUAUUAAUUUAAAGAAAAAUUCUUUUACUGCAGAUGUACUGAGUACUGUAAAUAGUAUAACUAAUGCUACUAUAGACAUUUACAAUUUUGUAAUUAACACAUUUAGACCGAUACCAACCAAGUUUCAGUAUCAAUUUAGUAUUAGAGAUAUAAGCAGAGUAAUUAAUGGAUGUAAUCUUAUUCAAAAAGAAUCAGUAGAAACUAAAAUUACCUUUGUUCGUUUGUGGGCUCAUGAAAUAUGGAGAGUUUUUGGUGAUCGGAUAUUAGAUAACAAUGAUAAAGAAUGGUUGUUCUUGAAAAUUAGGGAAAUUGCAAAAUGUCAUUUUAAAGAUUCAUUUGAAACAAUUUUUGAUUAUUUACCAAAAUCAAAAAAUAAUGAAAUUACUCAGGAUAGCUUUAAUUAUUUAAUGUUCAACAAUUUUAUGGAUAACGAUAAAAGAUAUGAAGAGAUAAGUUCUAUUGAGAAAUUAAAAAAUAAAGUUCUUUUUUAUUUAAAUGAAUAUAAUAAAAAUGUAACAAACAAAAUUGAUGUUGUUAUAUCACAGUAUAUAUUAGAAUGUUUAAUUAAAAUUUCAAGAAUUUUAAUUAUCCCAGGGGGUAAUUUAUUGAUGAUUUCUAAUGUAGGAUCUGGUAGAAGAUCUUUAAUGAGACUUGCUGUUUACAUUCAACACCAAGAAUUAUUUGAACCCUCUAUACAUUCUUAUUAUGACUUCCAUGUAUGGAGGACAGAAUUAAAAACAAUUCUUCAGAAAUGUGGUGGACUAAGAAAACCUUUUAUACUUUUCAUAAAAGUUAAACAAGUAACAACUAAUAUUUUUUCUGAUAUUAGUAGUUUGUUGGCAACAGGUGAAAUACCUGACUUAUUUUCCACGAAUGAAAAAUAUGAUAUUAUUGAAAUGGUACGUUUACAUGCUCAAGGUGGUAACAAAAAUGCAGAAAUAAGUAAUCAUUCUGUAAUGAAUUAUUUUCUAGAUCAAUGUAGAAACUAUCUGCAUAUUGUAAUUUGUUUUAAUUCGACACAUAAAGCAAUUAGGUCACAUUUAUACACAUAUCCGGAACUAUUAAAGUAUUGUACAAUAAAUUGGUACAAUAUAUGGCCAACAGAUACACUUACACAAAUAAGUAUAAAAUAUAUUUCGAGUAUUAAUAUUGAAGAAAAUUUAAAAACAAAUAUAAUAACAGCUUACAUAAAAUUGCACAACAAUGUGCAAGAAAUGAGUAGUAAAUAUUAUGAAGAAAGUGGUAAAAGAAUUUACAUAACAUCAUCUUCAUUUUUACAUAUGUUGAAACUAUAUGUUAAUCUUAUAUCAAAGAAACAAGAACACAUUGUAACAAUGAGAAACAGAUACUUGGUAGGAUUAGAAAAAUUAGAAUUAGCAGCACAACAAGUUGAAAAGAUGAAAGCUACAUUAACAAUAUUGAAACCUCAGUUAGAAUUAUCUGCUCAGAAAACUAUAAAUACUAUGAGAGAAGUCGAAAAUGAAAAUAUCAGUGUAGAAAGAGCAACUGCUCUUGUACAACAUGAAGAAGAAAUCGCACAUAGGAAAGCAGAAAUUGCUGGAAGAUUAAAGAUGGAAUGUGAAGCUGAUCUUGCUAUAGCAAUUCCAAUUCUAGAAGAUGCUAUUGCUGCAUUAAACACAUUAAAACCUACAGACAUUACACUUGUUAAAGCCAUGAAAAAUCCUCCUGAUGCUAUUAAGCUAGUAAUGGCUGCAGUUUGUGUCAUGCUUGGUGUUCCUCCAGAGAAAGCCAUUGAUUCGGUUACCGGUAAAAAGUAUACAGAUUACUGGGGUCCAAGUAAACGCGUUCUAAGUGAUAUGAAUUUUCUACAGAUGUUAAAAGAUUACGAUAAAGAUAACAUUUCACCUAAUAUCAUGCAAGUUAUUAAAAAAACAUACAUGGUAGAUAACAAUUUUAAACCACAUAUUGUUGCUAAAGCAUCAAGUGCUGCUGAGGGAUUAUGUAAAUGGGUACGUGCAAUGGUAUCUUACAAUGAAGUUGCAAAAGCUGUUGCACCCAAAAAAGAAAAAUUGUUCACUGCACAAAAGGAAUGCAACGAAGUUGAGACUUUUUUGAACGAGAAACGUGUAAUACUUUUGGCAUUGAAUAAGAAACUCACGGCACUGAAUAACAGUCUUCAAGAAACAUUGCAACAAAAAGUGAAACUGGAAAAAGAAGUAGAAGAUUGUACUAAUAAACUUUAUAAAGCAGAGAAUCUAAUGACAAGUUUAGGGGGUGAAAAGAAUCGUUGGAUGCAGAUGGCAGAUAAUCUUAAAGAAAGUUAUAAUAAUCUUGUGGGAGAUAUGAUAAUAACAUGUGGCAUAAUAAGUUACAUGGCAUCAUGUAACAUUAUGUUUCGUGAUCAAAUUUUGGAAUACUGGAAACAAUAUUUAGAAGAUUUAAAGAUAUCAUAUACUAAAAACUAUAACUUAGUAAAUGUACUUGGAGAAGAAAACGAAAUAAAUCAUUGGUAUUUAUGUGGUUUACCUAAAAACAGAUUUUCACUUGAAAAUGCAAUUAUUAUGAGUAAUUCUGAAUUAUGGUGCUUGUUUAUUGAUUCACAAAAUCAGGCAAAUCAAUGGAUUAAAACAAUUGAAAAUAAAAAUAAUCUUAAAAUCAUCAAACUCAAUGAUUCUGAUUACAUAUCAACUCUUCAACACAAUAUUGAAAAUGGUAUUCCUACAUUAAUUGAAAACGUCGGAGAAGAGUUAGAAAUAUCAUUGUACCCUUUUCUAUCAAAAAGAACUUACAGCAAUGGAGAAUCGUUAUAUCUGGAUAUUGGUUACAGCACUAUAAAAUAUUCUACUGAUUUUCGAUUAUACAUUACAACAAGGUUGCUUAAUCCCCAGUUUUCAUGUGAAAUAUUCAAUAAACUUACAGUAAUUGAUUUUUCUAUUUCAAGUGAAGGGCUUCAAGACCGACUUCUUGAUUUCAUUAUGUCUAAAGAAACACCAGAACUUCAAGAUAAAUUUGAAACUUUGCUUAUGGAAGAACUUGAUAAUAAGAAAAUAUUAAAACAACAAGAAGAUCAUAUUCUAAUCACUUUGUCUUCAACAACCACAAAUAUUCUUGAUGAUGAAAAUGCUAUAAAAAGUUUAGAUUUUUCAAAAAAUCUUUCUUUAAACAUAAUCAAAAAGCAAGAAGUAGCUAAAACAAUAUCUUUAAAAAUAAAGAAAUCUCGAUGCGCUUAUGUGCAAUUAGUUAAGUACUGUGCAAAUCUGUUUGAUACACUUAAUGACUUAUCACACCUAAAUCACAUGUACCGUUUCUCUUUCUCGUGGUUUAUGCAAUUAUACAGAAGAUCAAUUGAGACUUCAAAUAGAAGUAUUAUUCUCGAAAAACGAUUAAAAUUUCUGAAAAGUUCGUUUACUAAGAAUCUUCAUAUAAGCAUCUGUAAAUCUUUAUUAGAAAAACAUAAAAUAGUAUAUUCAUUCUUAUUAUGCUGUAAAAUCUUAUUAGAUGAUCAGCAAACAACAGAAGAAGAAAUUAAGUACUUUACAUCAUCAAACUUCAAUCACAUAAAUCCUGAUUAUGUAAUCAAUUGGUUACCAUCUGAUAUUUGGAUAAAUAUUUGUAAUCUCAGUAAAACAUUGUUUGCUUUUCAUGGUCUUGUAAAUAGUUUCUAUGAUAAUGAUAAAGCCUGGAAGCAAUACUACUCUUCUGAGCCAUUGCAAAACCAUUUAUUACCAGAACCUUGGAUCACAAAAUUAUCUUUGUUUCAAAAAUUGAUACUCAUAAAAAUUUUACGACCAGAUAAAAUUAUAAUAGAAAUAAUGCAACUGAUAGAAAAUAUUUUGGGAAAUACAAAAGGUUACUCUCCACAAAUUAAAAUAUCUCAAGCAUAUACAGAGUCCAGUUGUUUAAUUCCGCUUUUAUUCAUUCUACCAGCUUGUUCUGCACCACAGUCACUCAUUUCUGCAUAUGCAAAGAAAAAAGGCUGCUUUUCAAAGUUCAUAUCUUUAUCUAUGAGCAGAGAGCAAGAAGAAAAAGCUGAAGUUCUUAUUCAAAAAGCUCAAAAGAAAGGAGGUUGGGUGCUAUUGGAAAAUUGUCAUUUAGUGCCUCAUUGGAUGAUUCAGCUUGAAAAAAUCUAUGCAAAUUGGAGUAUUUCUAACGUAUCAUUAGAUUUUAGACUAUGGUUAUCUAGUUAUUCCACUAAAGAAUUUCCAGUUCAUGUUUUACAAGAUAGUAUAAAAAUAGCAUAUGAUUCUCCUUUAAGCAUGAAAGAAACAUUACUGAACAUAUAUCAUUCUGAACCCAUAGCAAAUAAAGAAUUUUUUGAAAGUUGCCCUGGGAAAGAUAUAGCAUUUUCAAAACUUCUUUUCAGCCUAUGUCUUUUUCAUGUUGUUAUAAAAGAAAGAAAAAGUUUUAAAACCCAAGGUUGGAACAUACCAUAUAAUUUUGAUAAUACCGACCUUGAAUUAUCCAUUAUGCAACUGCAAAAUUUAAUAAAUAAUACUGAUUAUGUACCUUUCAAUAUCCUUCUGUAUUUUAUUGGAGAAUGCAACUAUGGUGGAAAGGUUGAAAAUGAUUUUGAUAAGAGAUGUCUACAACAUCUUUUAAAUGACUAUUGCAAUUCUAGCAUAAUAAAAAAUCAUCAGUAUGCCUAUGAAAAUGAAAUAGAGAAAUUAAUACCACAAAGGUGUGAAUAUGAAUAUAUAAUUAAACACAUUGAAAAAAUACCAUUGGAUUUAUUACCUGAAGUUUUUGGAUCAAACAGGAAUGGUCUUGUUAUUCAACAUACCACAAUGGUCAAAGAAUUUUUCUCAUCUAUUUCUUCUAUGAAUCUUCUUGACUCUUCAUCAAAUGAACAGUCAUCUGAAAAUCAAAUAUUAACUUUGAUUAGUAAUAUUAAUGAUAAGCUAUCUAAUUUAACUGAAAUCAAUGAGAUACAAAUACAUACUUCUCUAUUAGAUGAACCCUUGGAAAGGGUACUUUUCUGUGAAAUGAAGUUACUAAAAUACAGUUUAGAAACUAUAACUAAAACAUUGAACAGUUUAAAAUUAGCAUUAAGUGGCUAUCUUCCAUUCUCUGAUUCUUUAAAAGAACUAGCAGAAGAACUGUACAAAAAUAAGAUACCACACAGUUGGAUAAAUAUUGAAAACAAUCUUAUUACAGGAAAUUUGGCAUAUUAUAUUGACAAUUUAUUAAAGCAUGCAAUUUUUAUCAAAAAAUGGAUGAAUGAGGGAUGCCCUCAUAAUAUUUGCUUUGAUGCAGUAUUCCAUUGUAAAAUGUUUCUUUCUGCAGUUUCAUUAACUUUUUCUAAAUCAUAUGAUAUACCUAUUGAAGAAAUUGAAUUCGAUUUUCAAGUUCAGAUAAAAGGAACUAAUACAGAAGAUCCUGAUGUAUAUUUCAUACACGGGCUGCAUUUAUGCGGUGCUCGAUGGGAUUUUGAAACAAAUAAAUUAAUUGAAAGUUUUACAAAUGAACUGUGGCAAAAUAUGUCGCCUAUACGGUUCAAAUGUUCACGAAAUAAAAAGGACAUAGCCGAGGUUUACGAAUGUCCUCUAUAUAGAACCGUCAUUCAAAAUGCUGAUAAAAACCUUGAAUUAACUUCCAAAAAUUUUAUCAUCUGUAUACCCCUAAAGACUACUGUGCAUCAUGCUCAUUGGAUAAAAUGCGGUACGGCAUUGUUUUGUCAUAUUCCAUAAUAUUAUAAAUCCUCAAAGAAAUCACAAUAAAAGAUAUUAAAAUAAAACAGUUUUAAUACGAUAUAUUUAUA